UCGGCCCUGGGCUCGCUGCGAGCAGCCGGCCGAGUCAUGGGCUGCGACGGCCGGGUGUCGGGGCUGCUCCGCCGCAACCUGCAGCCCACGCUCACCUACUGGAGCGUCUUCUUCAGCUUCGGCCUGUGCAUCGCCUUCCUGGGGCCCACGCUGCUGGACCUCCGCUGCCAAACGCACAGCUCGCUGCCCCAGAUCUCCUGGGUCUUCUUCUCGCAGCAGCUCUGCCUCCUGCUGGGCAGCGCCCUCGGGGGCGUCUUCAAGAGGACCCUGGCCCAAUCGUUAUGGGCCCUCUUCACCUCUACCCUGGCCAUCUCCCUGGUAUUUGCUGUCAUCCCCUUCUGCCAUGAUGUGAAGGUAUUGGCCUCGGUCAUAGCGCUGGCGGGCCUAGCCAUGGGCUGCAUCGACACCGUGGCCAACAUGCAGCUGGUGAGGAUAUACCAGAAGGACUCAGCCUUCUUCCUUCAGGUCCUCCAUUUCUUCGUGGGCUUUGGUGCUCUGCUGAGCCCCCUGAUUGCUGAUCCCUUCCUGUCAGAGGCCAACUGCUUUCCUGCUAAUAGCACAGCCAAUGCCACCUCCAGAAGCCACCUGUUCCAUGCAUCCCCGGUCCUGGGCCAGCAUCAUGCAGCAACCCAGCCUUGGUCAAACCAGACGAUCCCUAGGCUGCCCCCAAAGGAUUCGACAGAGAACCACGUAUCCUAUGCCUUCUGGAUCAUGGCUCUCAUCAACCUCCCAGUGCCCCUGGCUGUUCUCUUCCUGCUGUCCAAGGAGCGGCUGCUGACCUGCCCCCAGCGGAAGCCACUGCUCCUGUCUGCAGACGAGCUGGCACUGGAGACCCGGCCCGCUGAGAAGGACGACACCUCCUCACUGGCCCCCAGGUUUCAGUCACACUCAGGGCAGGAGGACCUGUUCAGCUGCUGUCAGAGGAGGAACUUCCGGGGUGCCCCCUGCUCUUUCUUCGCCAUCCACAUCACAGCCGCUCUGGUCCUCUUCAUGACGGACGGGAUGAUGGGUGCGUAUUCUGCCUUUGUGUAUAGCUAUGCUGUGGAGAAGCCACUGUCUGUCGGACACAAGACGGCUGGUUACCUCCCCAGCCUCUUCUGGGGCUUCAUCACCCUGGGCCGGCUCAUCUCCAUCCCUGUCUCCUCCAGGAUGAGGCCAGCCACCAUGGUGUUCAUCAACGUGGUGGGAGUGGUGGUGACAUUCCUGUUGCUGCUUAUUUUUUCCUACAAUGUCAUCUUCCUGUUCGUGGGGACCGCAAGCCUGGGGCUGUUUCUGAGUAGCACCUUCCCCAGUAUGCUGGCCUACACUGAGGACAUCCUUCAGUACAAAGGCUGUGCGACUACAGUGCUGGUGACCGGGGCAGGAAUUGGCGAGAUGGUCCUGCAGAUGCUGGUUGGUUUGAUCUUCCAGGCCCAGGGCAGUUACAGUUUCCUGGUCUGUGGGGUGAUCUUUGGCUGCCUGGCUUUUCUCUUCUACAUCUCGCUCCUGUUUUUCCACAGGAUACACCCUGAACUCUCAUCAGUCCUUACCCAAGACAAACCCCUUGGCGUGGAGAACCCUGAGAGCUACCAGAGGUGAAGACCUCAGCCUCCUGAGCGACAGGGUGACCAAACUGACACAGGAGGCCAAGGGUCACAGAGGAGGUCUCCCCUGCCACCUCGCUUUUUAUCUUUUUCUUUCACACUUAGCCAAGAAGUUGGGUCCUGUUCCCUGAGUGUUCCCUGGACAAAUCAAGCACCUGCCUGGCACUUUAGUGUCUUCUUCUCUGGUUCAGACUUACAGCCCACGGUAACCAGAUGGGAGGGCAAAAGACAGCGCUCACACCUCCCCGUCCCAUCACCCUGUGCAUGGGCUACACUCUGGGCUUCAGAUCACUUUUAGUUGAGGUUUAACAAAAAUGCCAAAAUCAUAAAGCUGAAUCAUUGCUAGGUGUAGAUAUAUUUAGAUAUAUUUUAAAUGAAUCAAAUCCCUCUGGCAUGUUGAAAAGGAUUUAUGUGUUCUUCCCUUACCCAUGGUCCAAAGUCCCUCGCAUUACUCCUGCAGAAACCAAGAGGUCACUUGUGUCCUAAGACAACAAAGGAAAUGCUGUAUCUUGUUUUGAGACCCUAGGUCAGCGGCACACGGGGCUAACUCGGACCAGCUUUAUACAAGCCGACUGUUAAAUUUUCAUUUUGAGAGCUAGUCGUGCAGCCAUGAUUUUUAAGUAAAUUAAUUUGCAGGUAAACGGAGGUAGUACUCAAGACACCACUUUCUAAUUUUACAUGGCCGAUGCCCCUGAGGUCACUGUGUCUGGGACACAGAAGGGGCGGUAUUUCUAAGUGACAGAAUGCUGCUGCUCCUCUCAGCUGCUCAGUGACAGUCCGAGGUCAGCCACGGCACAGAAAUGGCAAAACCACAUCGCGACCGUGGCCCCCCUCCCCGGGAACAGAUGGUUUUACCAGCAUCUCACUGCUAAUAAGCAAAGUUUAAUUGGUUCAGAAAGCACAAGGAGAAUGAAAUGGACAUCCUGUUUUUCCUUACUGACAUCUACACGGUGCAGAAGCAGCGCUGAGAAUUUUUAAAAAACAGCUCAUUGACGUUUUGUACCUUUUAUAGAGGAAAAUUUUAUACGGUGUCAAAGUCUUUUUUUUUCAUAGAAAUCUAGGCCUACUGAAUAAUUCAAGCCAUGCAGUAUACAGAGAGCGGUGUCUGUCAGGAGUCCGCAGUUCUAUACAGAACACAGAGGGUUAGUAAGGCAGAGAAUGCAAGAAUGCAGGCUCACCAGCCUGGACAAGGCUGAGCGCAAGGUUUCUGGAAUCACUGGUGUGGCUGUUACAGACUUCUGGAAGGAGUGAAACAUUCCGUUACAGUCAUGUGUUUACCUGUACAUUCUCUGUGCGUAGACAUGUGUUCAUGUGAACGCCCCAAGGGCUGCUCACACACCAGAACAGACACCUGGAUCAAGUACCAGCCUCACCUUCGAGCUGUGAGCCUGACCUCGCCCCCGCCCCCUCCGGCUCCGCCCCAUACAGCUCCGCCCCCUGCCCCGCCCCAGGCAUUACCAGUAAGGUGGCGUUUCUAAAAUCACCCUACCUCACAGGAGUUCUGAGAGAAUUAAGUGUGUAUGGAGUAUUUGCUACAUGCCCAACGUGGGAACCACCUUCCGAGGGCUCAAGUUUUCACGUUUAUUACAAGCCUCAUGAGCAGCUUAGACGCCAUUCACGUUUGGUACAAACUGUAACGCGAGGAGCAAAGGCCACUUUGAAACGCUGCGGCCUAAGCAAAUCCUUUUAACUCUAUUUAUAAAUCCUUUCCGAAGCACCUAAUGCUAGCCAAGUUGAAACGUGCAAUCCAACUGUAGUAACUGACCUGGGCGAGGAGAAAAGCAGUUGUAUUUUUUCUUGUAGUUUUUCAAGAAAACAUCCUUUUUUAUACAGAUUUAGAAAGAAAAAUCACUGGUUAUAUCUACAUUGGUGACGAUUGAUGUAUUAACAGAGAAGAUUAAACAAAUCUAAUACUUUCCUAAAA